AUGGACUUGUUUGACCUUAAAGUUGUUGCAAACUUUGGACAAAAGUCUACAGAUGAUCCUGUAAGUCUUUUUUUUAAAUUUUUUUUAUGUUUUAGGUAACGGCGUUUACUGGAACACGAGAAAAGUUAUUGUUUGGUACACACAAAGGAAAGUUGAUCAGAUGUCGAAUGGAAAACGAUCAAUUGGUUUACGACAAGAGUGUUUUACUGUCAAACGUGAGUAAAUUUAUGUAUUUAGCAUUAGCUGGUUUAAAUAAUAGUGUUUUGAGGUGUAAGAAAAGUUAGGUUUUAGCAAGAUACCAUCAAACAACUUGUCUAUGUUCAAUCACAUGAUCUCUUAAUGGCUGUUGUGGAUAACGGAAUUGUUCAUAUUACUGAAAGCACCAUGACUGUGAGCUAACAUUACAUUUUUUAAUAAUCAAGGUUAAUAUUGUAAAAUUUAACUUGCUGUAACCUGUUUCAAUUUUGAUUUUACAGUUACUAGCAACGACUGGAUCGGGAUCUGUAAUAUCAUUGGCAGUGUGCCAAAAAGAGUCAUCUGAAGAACAAGAGUUGUUGUUUGCUGUAUCAACAAACAAAAAAGGUAUAUUAUUGUGCAAACGUCAUCAGCAUGGAGGAGAAGUAACAGUUGAUAUUGUGAAGAAGAUUACUGUUAAUGGUAAUGUGGAGAAUUUGUGUUUUAACGCCGAUAGCAUCUGUUACGCUCUGGAUCAAACUUAUUAUGUAUUGGAGUUGGAUGGUGGUUCUAAGGAGCAUCAUGAGCUGAUAUCAACUACUGGAACAACUUCUAUUGAGGCAAUUGGAGAAGUAAGUUGUUUUAUUGAUGUUUUUUUGGUUUCAGAAGCUUUUAAUAGUUUACAAGUUUGUUUUUGUGGAUUAUAAAAAAACCAAUGAUAAUUUGAAACUAUAUUUUUAUAUUUUAGAAUGGAUUUUAAUUUUACCACUAUAUUGUUUUAGAAUGAAUAUUGUAUCGCAGCCGACGAUGGUCUUCUGAUCUUUGUUAACGCAAAAGGAACGGCUACGCGACCUCCAUUAACAACUAAAACUGAUGUUGUUGGUCUAGAAUACAAAGAGCCUUUGCUAUAUGUUAUUGGCAAUUCUCAUCUACACAUAUACAAGUAGGUUACUUACAUUUUUUGAUUUUUUUAGAUAGUUCUAUGUUACUGAUGUUGAUGUUUAAUUCAAAUGUUACUUGUUUUGAUGUUUAAUUAUUAAUUUUAUAAUAUUACAGUUUGAAUGACGAAAACUUCAAAGAAUCAUUGGCAACCGAAAAUUUGACUCACAUUACAUCAACUGAAAAUGACAUUUAUGUUCUCAGCGGAGAUAAAGUUGCUUCAAAAGUUGUUGUAGCUGAUUAUGAAAAGCUGGUAGGUUAUUUAAAAUUUUUUGAUAAGUUUAUGUUUCUAAACUACUUUUUUCUUAAAGGAAAGGUCUUCAAACAUUAUUAUGUUAUUGAGUUGUCAUUAUUAAUCUGAAUCUUUAGGUACACAAUCUGUACGCAGAAGACGGGGAGAAAGGGCUAGAAGCUUUAGAAACGAUUAAAAAGACUUUGGUUAAUGAUGAGAAAGCUCAAAAGGUAAACUAAAGAUUUAACAUAUUAAUCAUUAGCGAAUAACAACUUAUAUCAACGUUUUAAUUUCAGUUUUGCCAAUCCUUCAUUGAGAAAACUGCUCUAAAAUACAUUGAAGAAGGGAAAACUGAAGCAGGUCUAAAAUUAUUUUUUGAAUCCGAUGCAGAUCCUAUCAUAAUAUUGUCACAAGUGCCAAGACUGAACACUAAUGCUGCUCAAGAGAUGAUCUUCCAAGAAAUUAAGCUUGAUAAUGAAGAAAUUCAGUCGUUCUUGGAGAGUUAUAUGUCAAAAAAGGAAGAAGAUGAAGUGAAGAGAGAAGUAAUGUCAUACUUGAUAAGACUGGAGUUACUCAUGGAUAAAGUUGACGUAGAUCAUCUGAAUGAAAGCAUGUUGUUUGACGAUGAAUUGAGGGAAUGGAUUCUGGAGAACGGGUAUCACAGCUUGGCGGCUGAGAUUUGCUUUGAGAAUGGUCUGUUAAGUGAAGGAUUUGAAAUUUGGAGGGAUUAUUCGGACAAAACAGAUGAUGAUAUUGACUUUGAUGGACUGAUGUUUAGGUUGGGAACGGUGUAAGUUGAUUUUUUGUUGUUUACUACUGUAAACUGCGUAAUAUUUUGCUUUUUAUUACUGUGUUGUAUAUAACUUUAGCAAAUUAAUAGUUUAAAAAAUAGCUUUUAUGAUGUGCCUGUUUCAGUUUGGACAAUCCAGAGCUAGUACAAGAUACUUUACAUUGGUUGGCGCCGAAAUCACCUGAAAAUGCGAUGGAAUUGAUAAAUCAAUUACCGAAUUUAGACUUUGAUUGGAUUUUACAAAAUUUUAAAAACAAAUCACCGAGAUUUGUCCUGGACUACUUUCGUAAACACUUGGAUUCGGAAGACGUCGUAAGUAAUAUCGGCCAAAGGGUGUUGGGCUGGAGAGGGAGAAAUGGUUUUUAUGCUGGGUUUUGAGUUUAGGUUGGACUUACAGAUCUGGCUUUUAAUUUUAUUAUUAGGUUGUUCAAAUAGUUCUGUGCUCUCUAAUUUUGCUGUUAAGGGCACGAUUUGCUUUGAGAGGGAGCACAGAAUUAACUGAACAAUGAAACACCUAAUAUUUAUAAAAGAUUACUUUUUUUGAUAUUGUUUUAGACCCCACAAUCAUUGGUAGAGGUUGUUCGAAUAUAUUCACUGUUGAUUAAAGAAGAUUCGAUGGAUUUGAAAUUGAGGAAAGACUUUCGUAACAUUGUCUUAAACGUCGAUUACAAUGAGGAAAUUGAUGAAAUCUUGAAGGAGAACGAAUGUCUCAAGUUUGAGUACAUUAUUUUUACCACAAGAGUAAGAAGAUAUUUGGGCUGUAAAAUUGUAAACUGCACUAAAGGAUCUUGAAAAAAUAUAUUUUUAAAGUUUUUUGACUUAGAAUAUGAUUAUCCUACUGUUUAAUCUCGGCGAUGUUUUAGCUUCAAAAUGUGGAAGAAAGUUUGAAGCGUUUGGUAGAAGAGGACCUGGAGUUGGCUGAAGCUUUGUUCAUAAGGUUUUGCGAUCAAAAACCUGAAAUUGUAUACACGAUAGCUCCAUUUUAUUUAAAGGACAAUAAUAGGUAAGAGAUUGUCUUAAAAAAUGAUUGGUAAGAGAUUCGUUUCCACUUUCAAUUUUUGGAUGAUUUGGCUUAAAAAAUUAAAGAAAACUUGGUUUUCUUUAAAAAAUGGAAUUUUAUGUUACCAUUUUUGGGUAAUAAUGCAUUUCUGUAGUCUUAAAUUGUAUCAUUGGUACUAUUUUUAACGCUAAACUGACUUGUGGAAAUUUACUAAAAUCACCGUUUUUUGUUAAAGUCACUUUUUUUCAGUGACAACUCUCUCCGCGACCGUUUUCUUCACCUCUUAACAGAAACUCGACCGUUCCGAGGAAUCGAAAAGUUUUUGCCAAAUCUAAAGUCAUCUUCACCUACUGAACUUUUAAGCCUAGUCCAAGCCACAACAGAAAGAACCGAGUCGGAUAUUCAGAUGUUGAAGUUGAGAAAUGCCAUAGCCAGUUUGGCAAUAGUAGCUACAAGUAAUAGGACAAAGAAUAUGAAGAAGUUUACGAUCGUAAAAGAAGGAGACGAAUGUUUUGUUUGUAAGCAAAAGUUUGGUCAUCAGAAUAUUACUUUUGUGCCUCAAGGCACUGUUCAUACUAGGUGUGUGAGAAGAUUGUAA